AUGGAAUACUUGAGCCAUUUUUAUGGGACGAGUCAGUCAUUCAAACAGGAUUUUGGGAAGUGUAUAUACAGUAGUAAGACGGAGAUUGAAUUUGAGACAUGUUGGCAAGAGUUACUAGUAAAUUAUAAUCUUGUUGAACAUGCGUGGUUGAAGAAAAUGUACGAGCAACGGGUGCAUUGGGUACCACUAUAUCUAAGAGGUACUUUCUUUGCCGGCAUGUCAUCUACACAAAGAAGCGAGGGGAUGAACUAUUACUUUUACAGUUACUUUAAGCAAUCAAUCCCAUUGUACAAGUUUACACGACAAUACGAAAGGGCUGUAGAGGGCCGUCAGGAGAGGGAAGCUAGUAGUAAUUUUGCUUGUAUAAAUACAAACCCUCCAUUGUUAGUUGGCAAUCCUCUAGAGGUGCAUGCAUCUAAAGUGUAUACAAGGAAGAUUUUUGAAAUGUUUAAGAAACAAUGGGCUGCAGCACUAGUAUUGAUAGCCACGUUAGUGGAAGUACAUGGUCAAAAGAAAAAAUAUUUGGUGGCUCCCUUUGAUGUUCCCGAUGAGUAUAAGUGUGAAGUUUGGUAUGACCUUGAUGCUGGUGUUGUCACUUGUAGCUGUAAAUUGUUUGAGUUUAUGGGUUUGUUAUGUAAACACAUCCUACGAAUCUUCCAUAAGAUGGACCUCAAGGAGAUACCUUCCCAAUAUCUCCUAAAACGGUGGACUAUAGAUGCAAGGCAUUAUUUGACGAGUGACAAAGAAUUAAGUGAUGGAGCUUUUGGAUCAGUAACAAGUAUGUGGGUUUUCCAAGAUGCCAUUAGACGUUUGAUAGCCACAAUCAGUGGUUCACAAGAGGCAUGUGAUUUUGCUAUAGUUGCGUUGGGUAUUGUAAAUCAAAAAAUCUUACAAGUAGUAUCAGCGUUGGCAAAUGAAUUCAACGGCCCAUACAAUGAAGAGUAG